AUGGCGGUUGCCACUUCAUCUGAGGGCCAUAAUGCUGGCCAGCAGCCCCAGACACAUACACAGCAGCAGCACCAGCUGCAUCAUCAGAGCUCACACUCGAACGGCCGGUCGUCGAUGCAGUCAGCUAGUGCUACAAGCUCAUACGGUGUGAAUGUGCCGCUGAGUGCUCGACGGUCCGCACCGUUGGACCUAUCUACCGUCGAACGCCGUGAACAAGUCCCAGCUACUCGAGAUCCCCCAAAACGCAACAGGCCUCAUGACCUACAAGAAGCACCGACCUUCUAUCCAACAGAGGAAGAGUUCAAGGACCCGAUGGCCUAUAUUCGAAAGAUCUCUCCUGAAGGGCGGAAAUACGGUAUCUGCAAAGUCGUCCCUCCACAGUCAUGGAAUCCAGCUUUUGCCAUCGACACGGAGGAGCUCAACUCCGUUGAAGGAGGCACUAGAGCAAACCUCAACUACCUCGACCAAUUAACCAAAUUCCACAAGCAACAUGGCACCAGCCUUACCCGAUUUCCCAGCGUGGAUAAACGACCCCUCGACUUAUACAAACUGAAGAAAGCGGUUGAAAUAAGAGGCGGAUUUGAACAGGUCUGCAAGCUUAAGAAAUGGGCUGAAAUCGGACGUGACCUAGGUUACAGCGGCAAAAUCAUGUCGUCUCUAUCUACUUCGCUCAAGAACUCUUACCAACGAUGGCUACAACCUUAUGAAGAGUACCUUCUUGUCGCAAAACCCGGAGUCCAGCAUCAGCUUGAAGUUGAGAAUGGUGGACCUUUCGCUUCAUCUCCAAAUCAGUCCCCAGCCGAGAAGAGGAAACAUCCAAUACAGAAUGGCCACCGGACGCCUUCGGACUCUCGCGCCGAAGAUAAUUCCUCAACGCGGAGAGCAUCCACAGCCCCUAACACCUCAACCGUAGAUGUUGAGGAGGGCAGCGGUAAUGCAGCUGAAACUCCUCGGGAAGCUACACCAGCGCCUGUGCAGCAGCCAAUCUCUUCUGGGUUCACAGCCGUAAACUCCCGACCAAGCGGGUUUGCGGCGAUCAACAUGCCAUCUUCGUUUACAGCAGUCAACAGAGCCGCUCCCGAGGUCAAAAGGGAAUCAGAUGAGACAGCAGGCAACUCUUCUCAUGCAAAUUCCAUUCCCGCCUCUGGAAAACCGUCCCCUGAGCAGAAACGGACGAAGUCCAAUUCAGCGCCCCUUACCAAUGGGCAAAACGGCCACGAUGAGCAUUCCCUAAAACGCGUUCAUAGCAGUGGCGGUAACUCCCAAACUGAAAACGACGAUUCUGAAGAAGGGGGUAACGGUAGACGAAGCAAGCGUCUAAAGAAAGAUGGCAUGCCCAACGUUGCGGGAUCUAACUUGAAUUUAUUACGACCAUCUCCUUCUCAGCCAAAGUCUAAAAACGGAACCUGUAAAACUGGAGAUAAAUGCGAAAGCUGCGGCAAGACUGAUAAAGAGUCUACGAUCCUUGCAUGCGAUGGCUGUGACGUCGGUUAUCAUAUGCACUGCCUUGAUCCCCCUCUUACAAGCAUCCCAGACUAUGACUGGCAUUGUCCCAAAUGUCUAGUAGGAACUGGGGAAUAUGGCUUCGAGGAAGGCGGUAUAUACUCGUUGAAACAAUUCCAGGAGAAAGCCAACCAGUUCAAGAAGAAUUAUUUUGGCUCGAAGAUACCCUUCCAGGCAACUUCUGCGCCAACUCCACAACUAUACGAAGCCGAAGACAGCGUCGAACGUGAAUUCUGGCGACUUGUCGAGAGCCUAACUGAGACAGUGGAGGUUGAGUACGGGGCCGAUAUUCAUUCGACAACACAUGGCAGUGGCUUUCCUACGGUUGAACGAAACCCCCUUGAUCCCCACGCGACUGAUCCAUGGAAUCUAAAUGUACUCCCUUUACACCCAGAAUCACUGUUCAGACAUAUCAAGUCCGAUGUUUCUGGCAUGACGGUUCCAUGGGUUUACGUCGGCAUGUGUUUCUCGACCUUCUGUUGGCAUAACGAAGACCACUACGCGUUUUCAGCUAACUAUCAGCAUUUCGGCUCAACUAAGACGUGGUAUGGAAUCCCAGGAGCUGAUGCUGAAGCCUUCGAGGAGGCUAUGCGACAAGCUGUUCCGGAGCUGUUUGAAACUCAACCUGACCUUUUAUUCCAACUGGUUACUUUACUUCCACCAAAUCAGCUGAAGAAAGCUGGUGUCAAUGUCUAUGCCUUGGAUCAAAGAGCUGGUCAGUUCGUGAUUACAUACCCACAAGCCUAUCAUGCCGGGUUCAACCACGGAUUCAACUGCAACGAGGCUGUGAACUUUGCACCAAGCGAGUGGGAGCCAUUCGGCCAAUCUGGAGUUGACCGGCUGCAGGAAUUUAGACGACAACCUUGCUUCUCGCAUGACGAAAUGUUACUGACUGCUGCUAGCAAGGAUACGUCUAUCAGCACUGCGAAGUGGCUUGGUAAGGCGUUGCGGCGGAUGUGUGAUCGUGAAAUGGAGCAAAGAGCGAACCUCCUAGCGCGGUCUCGAGAAGCUGAUAAUCGAAAUGGUAUUCAGAAUGGAGACCAGAGUGCCAAACCUGCUGAUUUACCAGCGUUGCCCGUUUCUGUGGAGGAGGCUGAUCUCCUUGAAGACGAGUAUCAGUGCAGCUAUUGCAAGGCCUACAGCUACCUUUCUCUUUUCCGAUGCCACAAAUCUGGAAAGCAGCUGUGUCUAGUGCAUGCCGGAAUAACGGAAUGCUGCGGCAGUGAACCAGCCCAUUACUUGCGGGGACCUGAUCAUUCAGUCCGAUAUCGACUAUCUGAUGAAGAUCUGCAAAAAAUCGUUCAAAAAGUGGAGGAUCGCGCCAAGAUUCCCGAAGCUUGGGCUGAAAGACUAGACAGAAUCCUGGAAGAUGAGCCGAAACCAUCUCUCAAAGCUCUUCAUGCUCUACUCUCAGAGGGAGAAAAGAUACCAUACCAUCUUCCUGGGCUGCAAGAUCUCUCUGUCUUUGUACAGAGGUGUGACAAGUGGGUUGAGGAAGCGAACAACUACUUAACUCGCAAGCAACAAAACCGACGUAAAAACGAAAAGAUCUGGCGGAAGGGGAACCCAGCCAAGGCUGCACAGAUGGAAGAAAGAGACCGUGAGCUACGCAGUAUCGAGAAAAUUCAUAGCUUGCUUACAGAAGCGGACCGUUUAUCAUUCGAUUGUCCUCAGAUAACGGCCCUGCAUGAAAAGGUCCAGGAGAUCGAGCGCUUCCAGAGAGACGCCCAAGCCGUUUUCAUCAGUGCACAUACCGCGUCUGCUCAGGCUGUGGAGGAGCUAGUCGAACUAGGCCGCAACUUCUGCCUUGAUAUCCCAGAGGUAGACAAACUGGAACGCGUCUUGCAACAGAUGAAAUGGAACGAGGACGCGCGACGCCGGCGUGAACAGUACCAAACACUCGAAGAUUGUGCGGAUUUCAUCAAGCAAGCCGAAGAAUUAAACAUAUCCGAGGCUAACAACCACCUUCUAUAUUUCCGUGAAAUGUACUGCAGCGGGGUCGCAUGGGAAGCGAAAGCAAAGGAACUCAUGUCUGUAGAGGCAGUUCACUACCAGCAACUGGAGGCCCUUUCCGCACAGGCUGCUCGAUUUCCGGUCUCACCAGACACGCUUGCUGCAGUCGACGCGAUCCUCACAAAGCAACGUGAAGCUCAGAGGCAGAUUUCUACCAUGUACGAGAAAAGCAAAUCAAGCGAUUUUCGCGAACGUCCACAUUACCGUGACGUACGCGAUUUGAUGGAAUCAUUGGUACAGUUGAACAGCAAGCCGAAUGGCACUAUCGACCUCGAACGUGAACAGAAACGUCACGAAGACUGGAUGAGAAAGGGGAAGAAGCUGUUUGGUAAAGCCAAUGCUCCCUUGCACAUUCUUAAGAUGCAUAUGCAGUACGUUCAAAAGAGAAAUUCGUACUGCUUCGAUCUUGACGACCGGUUCCGCCCACCAGUUGAACCUGCUUCUCGAGAGGCCACUCCCGAUGGUUCUGGAGAGUCACAACCCUGGGCUGGCAGUCGGUCAAAGAAAAAAGAUGUCUUCUGCAUCUGUAGGCAGCAGGAAUCCGGCUUAAUGAUUGAGUGCGAAGUCUGCCAUGAAUGGUAUCACGGAAAAUGUCUCAAGAUUGCCCGUGGUAAGGUGAAGGAGUACGACAGCUACACCUGUCCUAUAUGUGACUGGCGCGUUAAGAUACCUCGCGAUGCUGCUCGCCCAAAGCUGGAGGACUUGCUUGAAUGGCAGUCUGAACUCUCUGAUCUUCCAUUCCAGCCUGAAGAGGAGGAGAUCUUGACUUCCAUUAUUGACCAAGCAACAUCAUUCCGUGAUUUCUUGCGCCCAUUCACGAAUCCUGCAUGUAUGACUGCCGAGGAGGUUCCGACACAGAUUUUUUACCUACGCAAGAUUGAAGGUGCAGAAGUUCUCCUUGCCUAUGAAACGAAUUACUUCCGCCAGGAAGUUCAUAAAUGGAAUCCAGUGGCCCCUGAACCGCCACCGAUUCUUGAACAAUCACUUUCCACUCGCAAACCACGACCGACCAAACAACAAAAAAUCAUGGCCCAGCUUGGUAUCGAGAAACCAGAGGACAUCCCCCUUCACCUGCGAACAAAACACCAUAUCUUCCCGUCGAAACGCAAGUCCAUUGAACCUCAAAAUGGACGGCCACCACCCCUCCAACCAGCAUCGUCAAACAGAUCUAGUACUCCCGUGGAUAACCCACGCUCUGUUUCGGUUGGUACCGACCAGGUUCCAUCAUCCAUGGCCGCUACUCAAGCACCUCAGACACCUGCUUCUUAUCCGUUCAGCCAUCCAUUCCAACUUUCGUCCAGCGAACAGAAUGCCACAUUCGGAGCCGGUUCUGGCCCCUUUCUGACCCAAGAAAAUGGCGACCAAUCGCCCUCAUUCUCACCCGGCUCCCCUGCCGCUAGGCACUCCGGACUCGAUCCUUCGUUCUUUAGUCCUCCAAGCUUCGAACGAAGCCAUCAGUUGCCUCAAGGCUCGGAGUCUGAGAAUAUGAAGGGCAAUACUGGUGUUGGUGUAGAUGAUGUCGAUGCUCACAACCCAUUCGGCAGCAGCCCUCGUGCAAACAUGGAUGAAUUAUUCGCCGACUUGACGAAUCAUGAUAACGAGCCCGAGCACGUCGAAGAGAUAAGUCAUGCUAAUGAAGCCCUUGAAGCUCUCAAGAGCGCCCAAGCCUGUGGUUCCCGCACUGGCUCGAUUUCCGAGCCAGGAAACAACGGCACCAACGGAGACCCGGAUCUUCAUCAAAAUGCCAGCCACCACAGUGACAACGAACAUCAGAACGGCGGUGGCCUAGGUGAAGAAUAUCUAAGCUGA